AUGAGGACGACACAUCUUAUUCUCCUUCUACUGUCGUUCCUCGGAUUGUCUUCUUCCUUUGGGCCAGAUGAUCCAGAAGUUCAACUUUACAUGGAACACGGUUCACCGAAAAGCAGUUUACGACAACUUGGUCCGAAUGACGCUCGAUCAGUUGUUGAGAAGUUCCUCGCUCGCAUGACAUCAUCGAUUGAAUCGAAAGACACCUCUAUAAUCGAUGGUCUCUUCCAACCUGGUUUCAUCUUCAAAGGUUGCAAAGGAAGUUACACAAAACAACAAGUCGUGGGAAUGAUCUCCCGAAUCCCAGCUGCUACCAGGAUUGAUUUUGUCCUGAAGACUGUUGAGGAUUUCGGAGAAUCCAUCAAGUAUACUGUAACUGUAUCCGGAUUCGGGGAAUCUCCAUUGGAAGCAGAGUUCACUUUGAACAAAAUCGAUCAACAGUUGCAGAGCGGAAGUAUUCCAAAAUGCAAGAAAUCCUUCAUCAGACGUUCACAACUUCCCGUCCGUCAUGACCCUAAUCACACUUUCCGCAAUAUCGUUCGCCGUUUGAAUAUAGUCAUUGCAUCUCGUGACACCACAUCCAUCUCCAAACUUUUCGACAAAAAUUUCGAGUUCACAUCGUGUCCGCAAGUCUAUAAUCUAGCACGCUUUAUCGUAGACAUUAUCAAUCUUCCUUAUAAUAUUGAAGUCACUUACAAAUUGAUUCAUUCGAAAUGGACUGAAGAAGGAUUUAUCGAGGGAUAUGUAUCAAUUAAUAUUCCAAAAAUCGGCUCCCUUCAUGCUACAUUUGUUUAUAAUCCAGAGAGAAAAGUGUUGAUGUCUGGAAAGAAGGAUUGUGAGACUUCGAGAAAGUUCGGAGGCUCGAAGAGAGCACUUUUAGCCAAUAGAAAAGAAACUAACUCGACAAAAAUCGUUGAGAGAUUUCUGGAUUCAUUGAAGGAGAUCGUUGAAACCAGGGAUCCAGGCAAUAUUGGAACAAUCCUCGACGAUGAAUUUCUCUUCAGAGGAUGUCGUGGACACUAUAACAAAAAUGAAGCCUCAAAGAAAAUCAGCUCAAUCCCUGUCGAAGAAUUUCUGGAAUUCGAAUUGAAAUCUACAAAAUACAAUUCUGAAAAAGGACAAAUCGAGUUCAUUCUAUCAGUCUCUUUCCUCUCGAAGAAUCCAAUCGAGGCUGAAUUUGUCUAUUGUCCAUACAAAAACGUGCUGAAAUCUGGGAAAAUUCUUAGAUGUCCUGCUGAAAGAUUUCAAAAAUUGAACUAA